AUGGCGAAGAAGGUGAGGAAGCUUCACGUCACGGUGAAGCCGGUGAGGCUUGAUGGUUUACCGGCUAUUUCCGGUGACAAAACGACGGCAAAGAAUCUUUUCGCUAUGGUAGAGUUGAAAUGGAAAGGACCGGUCUCUGGUUUCGGACUAGGACUCGUUCCUUUCUACCGGUCGAAUCGACCGGUUAACCAUACGAGCUCUAAACAGAUUGCUUUGGGUGUAAACCACGUGGAAUGGGAUGAAGAGUUCGAACGCGUUUGUUGCCUUGUUGGCCCAUGGAACCUUUCCUUCAAUGUCUUCUACGGGGAGACUAUGGACCCGAAAAGCAAAAAGGCCGUGAUCGGAAAAACGUCAUUGGAUUUAUCGGAGUUAUCGUCAAAGCAUAAAACGACGGUGGAGACAAAGCUUCCGAUUCGGUCAAAAGGUUCCGUACUUUCCAAGGAAGCAACUCUUGUGGUCAACGUUACUUUUUCCGAGGUAAGAAACGAACCAGACGACUUUACACAACUCGGUCAGAUAUCAGUUGACUCAGCGAUUCCGACGAGAAUGGCGAGCCGUCGCGGCGGCGGCAGCGAUUUUGAUUUUUCUUCCUCGCCGGCCACCGCCGCCUCGAGCUCAGGCGGACGUAGCCCCCUUGUGGAAACCGGGUCGACUUCAACCCCGGAUAGCCAAUCUGAACCGGAUCAUAAAGCCGGGUUUAAUUGGUGGAAGAGACGACGGUUAAGCUUCUCUAUGACCUGGAGAAGAGAACCACCGAGAGAGGAGGAAGUUUCAAAACCGCCGGCGACGGAUUUAUCGAUCGAGGCGAACAAAUGGGUGGUGAAGGAUUUGGUGAGCCGAGACGGAAAAUGGAAGCUGAAAUCGGAAGUUUACUCGGCGUCGAUUGAUCAGAGAAGCGAAGAAGCCGGCGGAGAAGCAGCUUGUGCGGCGGUUGCGGUGGUGGUUGCUCAUUGGUUCCAAGCGAAUCCUCUACUAAUCAAUCCUACUGGCACAGAAUUCGAUUCGCUGAUCACACAAGGAUCUUCCUUAUGGAAAUCUCUCUGCAACGAAGAAUCGUAUCUGAGACUGUUCCCGAAUAAACAUUUCGAUCUGGAGACGAUCGUUUCCGCGAAUCUAAGACCGAUUAGGGUUUGCACUGAUAAAUCGUUCACAGGGGUUUUCAGUCCGGAGAGAUUCGGUUCGUUGGAAGGUUUAAUGUCGUUUGAUCAGAUCUGGGACGAAGUGGAGAAAGAAGUAGCGAUAGGUUCGAAUCGUGGGGAAUCUAGGGUUUAUAUAGUGAGCUGGAACGAUCAUUUCUUUGUUGUGAAAGGAGACGUAAAUGGGUAUUGUGUAAUUGAUUCGUUAGGGGAGAGAUUGUUCGAAGGUUGCAAGCAAGCGUACAUUCUUAAGUUUGAUGAUUCGAGUUUCAUGUAUGAGAAAAAGGAGGAAGAAGAUGAAGAAUCAUCGGAGAUGGUGGUUUGUAAAGGUAAAGAGUGUUGUAGAGAGUAUAUAAAGAGGUUUCUUGCGGCGAUUCCGGUGACGGAGUUGGCGGCUAAGGAAGAGAAAGGGAAUGUAGCAGUUGAUGUGUCUCUUCUUCAUGAGAAGCUUCAGAUUGAUUUGCAUCAUAUUAGGUUGAUUGCUGGUUAG